UUAAUCUGUGACUCAAUAUUACACAUAACAUCCUUGAAACCGAAAGUAGUAUUUUAUGGAAAUAUUACUUUGUAAGACUUCUUUACAUUCAUAAGGAUGACGUAUAUAGUUAAGAGUGUUCGUUAUAUUGCAUAUUUGAUGCUAUUGGCUUUAAGUAGUCAGACUAGCGUUUGUGAUGCUGGUAUAACAAAAACAUGCCCUCGGAGUGCCACCUUCUUAGUAUACUUGUUGGAUGACAGCGAAUAUAUGAGGGCUCCUGUGGGUUACCAAUCUGAAGAAACGCCUUUCUCUGAGUAUCUAUGGCAACAAACAACAUUGUAUCAACAACAGUCAUUGAAGUCAUACUUUGUCCAAGAGAUAAGCAAGGCAUCUCUGAAUCCAGUGGAUUUUGGCGCCUAUAUAAUUCAAGAUAAUUCCUACGUGUUCAACGCUGCUGAAAGUGUUGCAAUCGCUGCAUCAAACGCAACGGAUGCAAACUUGAAAGCGUUUCUUGAGGCAAGAUAUGUGUCAUACAAAAAGUAUUAUGAAGAGGCAUUCCGCACUUGGCACAUUGGAGAUGCAUCGGGGGUAAAACUGGGAAAGGAAUGUGCAGAUUAUGUCAACCACGAGCGCAAUGUAGCUCUGACCAUGCCUUCUAUUUACACCAUUGUGUCCAUGAUACCUUGCGCAAAGUUGUGGCCAUGGAUUGGAAAACAAAUCAAAGCUGAUACAGGAAACUUCGGCGUAUAUACAGAAUGGGUAAGAGAAAACUUCGACCCGAACAACCAUGGUUCCGACAAGUAUGAGACAAUGAUUAACAACGCGGCCGCCCAAGGACACAUUGACAAAUCCCAGGCACUAAAGGUGUAUAUGAACAGUAUGAUGGGGGAAGUAGAAUUCUUUAAUAGUAUAAGCUUAUACUAGGUUUAUGUGUCCGUAUCCUGCUACAGUGUAAAGAAAAAGAAAUUUACAAGUACAAAACCCAGUGGCCUAAAUUUAACCAAUAUUAUAUUUAAAGGGCAAACAAACACCAAAAAAGAGACACAACAGUUUAAUACAUAAAUCCAUAAACAACUAUCACCACAUCAUUGUUUUUUUGUUUAUGUAACCAUAUGUGUACGGUCAAUGAAAACUGGGUGCAAGGAAACUCACGUCAGGGCUUAAGCCAGUUUGUGAGCGCUCGACGACCUCACACAUGCCCCAGCAUGCAUCAGACAAUUCAUUUGCAAGGGUAUUUCCUGUUUGAUAUUGGGAAUUGUUGCGUGACUUUAUUUCAAACUUUGUUUGAUACGGGCCAUACAAACAUAUAUAUAUAUAACAAAGGUCUUGGUUUGAACCGCAUAUUGAAUUAACUAUCCUUCAGUUUGAAUGUAUCUAUCAUGUUUUCCACUGCAUUCAAUGGUGGAUAAAUAUUAAUGUAU